UUUCACUCUGUCUCUUUCUGUAUCCAAAUCUCUCUUUUUUAUAAGGUUAUCAGUCAUAUUGGAUUGGGGCCCACCCUAGUGACCUCAUUUUAAAUUGAUUAACUCGGUUGCGGAGACACGUGAAGGUCGGUGCGGAGUUCGUCUCUGCAAGCGUGAUCGCCCUGGGAUGGAUUCCUCCUCCUCUUCCUCCAUGGCGGGUUUGGGUGCAGUGGACCCACAGUUGCAGCAUUUCAUCGAGGUAGAGACUCAAAAGCAGCGCUUCCAGCAGCUGGUGCACCAGAUGACUGAACUUUGUUGGGAGAAGUGCAUGGACAAGCCUGUGCCAAAGUUGGACAGUCGGGCUGAGGCCUGUUUUGUGAACUGCAUUGAGCGCUUCAUUGAUACAAGCCAGUUCAUCUUGAAUCUACUGGAACAGACCCAGAAAUCCAAGCCAGUUUUCUCAGAAAGCCUUUCUGACUGAUCUCAGCAUUACCUCUUUGGAAAAGGAAGGUAGUUCAAGAAAUGAAGAGCUGUUGAUGGGAUGAUUGAAGAAACAGCUAUGAGAGGACUGGCUCUCAUCUUUUGUUACUCUUGGGACAUCCUGUCAUCUGAGAAUGAACAAACACCAAUCUUUAGUGUGUGAAGCUUAAGGGUCAUAUGUUUGCUUGUAUUUUUUAAUGCUAAUCUUGUGAAAAUAA